AUGUCCUAUCGGAGUCUCAGGGCCUGGUUCCUCUGCGGCAGUGCACUUCGCCGAGCGUUUGCCCUUGGGCUACAUCUACGCAAUGUGAGAGGUUGCACCCUUGACUCUCGGGAAAUCAGAUAUCGGGUUUGGUGGUCUCUAUAUACCCUCGAACAUCGCCUAUGCGUGAUGACCGGCCGCCUUUCAACUGUUCCAGAUAACGUACUGACAACACCGCUUCUUCUCCCUUUUGACGAAGGUGACUUCUCCAAGGAGGAAGUCCAACGUCUACUUGCUCGUUCCGCACCAAGCCCGAAUCAGCUUGCACCAGUGGCAGGGGUCUCCAAAAGUUCCACUUCUGGCGCAAUUAAACAAGAUGCUGCCUCAGAUGGCAGCCACGCUUCUCCAUCCUGUUCUCUGUAUUUCACCCAGCUGGUAAAGCUAACUUUCAUCGCUAAGAAGAUGUCCAACAAGCUCUACAAUCCAGAGUCAGUGCCGUCACUAUGGUCAGGUAUCAAGUAUGCAAUGCAUGACCUAAUACGGGAGCUUGAAGCCUGGCUCAUGAAUCUACCCAAGCCUUACGACUUCUCGUCACCAACAAAUACUUCCUCUCUGGGGACCGAAAGGAUGACACUUGCUCUUUUGUUCUAUAGUACCAAACUUGCGAUCACACGGCCUUGUCUUGGCCCUUCCGAUCCCGAACAAGAAGGACAAAAUGAUCGUGACUUCUGCAAGAAAAUGGCGGUCGAUUGCGUGGAGUCGGCCUGCCAUGUGAUACGACUCCUUCCAGAACCUCCAGAUACGGACGCACUAUACAGUUUGUUUCCAUGGUGGAGCAUCAUACACUUCUUAAUGCAGGCAACGUCGGUGCUUUUCAUUGAAGCUAGUUUGAACUAUGAGCACAUUCCUCAAAAGAUGCCAAUGGUUUCAAGGGCUAUCAAGAAAUCGCUGGAGUGGAUGUCCGUCAUGUCGAAAACAAGCGCUACCGCAUCCAGAGCUCGAAAGGUUUGCGAACAUUUCUUGGAACGACUGGACAUCGUGCUCGAAUCUGAAGAUGCCAACCACUCCAAAGGGGAGUCGGACUCAGAUUAUUCUUCUCCGAUUGAAGAAAGCGUUUGCAAUCCACCGCGGAAAAAGGUGAAAUUCCAGGACCCAGUCGCCGAGGAAGAACCCCCGUUAAUGCUACACACCUAUCAGCAAAGUUUCUCGGCGUCAGCGCAUACAAUUGGGGCAUCCGGAACAACCGCUGCGCCAGAAAGUCACAAACCUGCAGUUUAUGCCUAUGCCGACGAGCUUCUUCCUUAUGACCAAAACACAGGGGUUUACACCGAUAGCUUUUUUCCGCCGGUCGACCCAACCCUGGAAUCUAGUUUGAACUAUCCCCCGGAUCCCAUGAUCUAA